AUGAACCCAUCAAGGCAAGACAUAAGGGACAAAACAGUGCACACCAUUAUUGCUCUGCUCUGGAUUCUCGCCUUCGUACUUUCCACGCCGCUUGGAGUUUUCGCCACGCUAUCUGUGAACGGUUCCCUGGACAUAUGCUCAGAGGUCACCCUCGACUACAAUCUUCGCAUAACUAAAGUGGUCUACUCCGUUCUCAUGAUGCUGUUCCUCUAUGGAACACCGGUGGCUCUUGUGAGCAUAGCCUAUGCCCAAAUCUGCGUGAUGGUGCAUCAGAGAAUUAAGAAGAAACAACAACCGCAGUUCAAGCUGGGCAACAUCAGCACCACUCAAAACUACGCCGUUUCUGGAGUUUAUGACUCUAACAGAAAUUUCUCUGUCGUUAGUACAACCGAGCCCCUGACAGAGACGCGUCCAAUGACUACGGCGCGAAAAAUAUCCCGAAGGAAGUCGGAUGGCGGUAACCCAUACACCCCUUUGCACAAGCCCACCGCCCGCAGGACAACGGAUAUUCCCGCAGCCAGGGCUAUUACAUCUCCCCCCAAGUAUCCCUGUCAUUCGAGGCGAAGUCGAAAAACUAGUCUGCUCCUGAGUAGUAUCGCUGUGGUGUUUGCUUGCAGUUGGUUGCCCAUCAAUAUUGUCAACCUUCUGCUGGAUCUGCGUGAACUAAAAUUUGAAGUUCUGUCAAUCAACGACACAGAGGUUGGUCCUCUGGACACGGAAGGUGCACUGAUGAACACCUCGUCCAGUGUCUUGAAUCCCCACCUGCAACGCCCGGCCAACAACGACAAGGGGUCACUCUCCGGGGAGCUAGUUAUCAUUACGCAGGCUGUGUGUCUGCUGUGCGUUCUGUUGUCGGCCUGUGUCAAUCCCAUGCUCUACGGUUGGCUGAACGAGAACUUCCAAAGGCACUUUAAGAAAAUACUCCGUUGCCGGUCAUCCAACCAACCAGACGUCAGCGGUGACGCCUCGCGGCGGCGAGCAAACUGGCCGAGUAAGCAAAUCCAUUUUUUUUAA